CUUCUGACUUAAGUUGCCCUUUGAAACAUCUCCUCCCUACCUAGAUUUCCAUGAGGACAGUCUUGCAAGGUGUGGAUGGCCUUUCUGUAGCUUCUUGGCACUUGUAAUCUGGUGUCUGUUGGUGACUCAUUCCUCUGCAUUGGAACAGUUGAACCAUGAAGGUUGUACCAGAAAAGAAUGCUGUGCGAAUCCUUUGGAGCCGAGAACGGGGCACCCAAGCUUUGGGAGCACAACGUCUUCUGCAGGAAUUAGUAGAAGACAAAACCCGAUGGAUGAAAUGGGAGGGAAAGAAGGUUGAGCUGCCAGACAGCCCUCGCUCCACUUUCUUACUUGCCUUCAGUCCAGACAGGACCCUCAUGGCGUCUACUCAUGUGAAUCACAAUAUUUACAUCACAGAGGUGAAAACGGGCAAGUGUGUUCACUCUCUAGUUGGACAUCGGCGCACACCCUGGUGUGUAACCUUUCAUCCAACCAUCCCAGGACUUAUUGCUUCAGGGUGCCUUGAUGGAGAGGUUAGAAUCUGGGAUUUACAUGGUGGAAGUGAGAGCUGGUUUACAGACAGUAACAACGCCAUUGCAUCCUUGGCUUUCCAUCCAACUGCCCAGCUUCUGCUAAUUGCAACAGCCAAUGAGAUCCACUUUUGGGACUGGAGUCGCCGGGAGCCUUUUGCAGUUGUGAAAACAGCCAGUGAAAUGGAGCGGGUUCGACUAGUACGAUUUGAUCCCCUUGGGCAUUAUUUACUCACAGCCAUUGUUAACCCUUCCAACCAACAGAAUGAUGAAGAAGUAGAAAUACCUGUGGAUAGUACAGAAAUGCCACAUUAUCGCCAGCGUUCCAUUCUCCAGUCUCAGCCUGUGAGACGUACACCACUCCUCCAUAAUUUCCUGCAUAUGCUGACUUCACGCUCCUCUGGUAUCCAGGUGGGAGAGCAAAAUGCCAUGCAAGACUCCGCUACUCCCUCCCCUCCUCCUCCUCCCCCUCCCCCUCCCCCACCAUCUCUGCCACCUCCAGCUAGUGAGGCCUCUAGAGCAUCUGCCUUUAACGGCCGCAGUGAGCCUGUCAGUUAUCCCUCAGUAAAGUGUUGCCAGCACCUGGGGAUGUGGUGCCUUUGCAGACGAUGUUCUAGUGCAAGACUUCCAUCUUCUCUCUUCCCAUCCCAGGACAAUGCCCCUUCCACAUCUUCUGGGUCCACUGGCACUUCAUUUUCUUCUGUGCAAAUGGAGCCUUACCAGCCCCAGGAUCAGGCAUCUACAGCACAGCAGGAGCAGGGACUUCUUAACAGACCAUCUGCUUUCAGCACUGUGCAGAGCAGCACUGCUGGCAACACCCUGCGCAACCUGAGCCUGGGUCCCACUCGUAGGUCCCUUGGUGGGCCUUUGUCUGCCCACCCAUCCAGGUACCACCAGUCUACAAGAGAGAUGGCCUCUACAUUAGAGGGGUCUGAUUGGACUCGAACAGUGUUGAACCUGGGCUCUCGCUCUGAGUUGGAAGGUAUGCCUCCUCCUAGAACCAGUGCCUCAUCAGUGAGUUUGUUGUCAGUACUGAGACAGCAGGAAGGAAGCUCCCAGUCUUCUGUAUAUACUUCAGCUACGGAAGGAAGGGGUUUUCCAGCUCCUGGAGCUGAAGCAGAAAGCACCAGCAGUGCUGGCCCAAGCAAUCCUACCAGCAUUCGCAAUGAAUUUCAGUGUGACUUGAGGCGGUUCUUCUUGGAAUAUGACAGGCUUCAGGAGCUGGAUCAGGGUAUAGGCAAUGAACCUACUCAGUCACAUCAGGCCCAGGAGAUGCUCAACAAUAACCUUGAGCCUGAUAGGCCUGGCCCUUCUCAUCAACAGACACCACAUAGCAGUGAAAACAAUUCCAAUUUGUCACGGGGGCACCUGAAUCGUUGUCGUGCCUGUCAUAACCUACUGACUUUUAACAAUGAUACGCUUCGCUGGGAAAGAAGCACACCCAGCUAUGCACCAGGGCAGGUCCAAAGCACAUUUGAGGGCAUGCCAUCCAGCAGCAGCCAGCUACUGCCUUCUGAGAGAACGGAAAGCAGAGCUCCUCCCACUAGCAGGCUGCCAUUGGGAAGAUCUUCUGAUCCACCUGAGGAAAGGACUAUGGGAGUGGUGUUUAACCAGGAGACAGGGCACUGGGAAAGAGUUUACAGCCAAUCUGCUUCAAAUAGACCUGGGAAUGUAUCACAGGACGCCUUAAACCAGGAAAUGCCUGAGGAAAGUUCAGAGGAGGAUUCACUCAGGAGGAGGCUGCUGGAAUCUUCUCUUAUUUCACUAUCCCGUUAUGAUGGGGCAGGAUCUCGGGAGCACCCAAUCUAUCCUGAUCCAGCUAGGUUAUCUCCUGCUGCUUAUUAUGCCCAGAGAAUGAUCCAGUAUCUUUCACGCAGAGAUAGUAUUCGCCAGCGCUCCAUGAGGUAUCAGCAGAAUCGACUCCGUUCCUCCUCAUCUUCAGCUUCCGCUUCUGAGGCUUCAGGUCCAUCUGUAGAAGGAAAUGAUCUAGAAUUUGAAGACUUUGAGGACAAUGGAGACAGAUCAAGGCACCGAGCCCCUCGGAACGCUCGCAUGUCUGCACCAUCCCUUGGACGUUUUGUCCCCAGGCGUUUCUUGCUGCCAGAGUAUUUGCCUUAUGCUGGGAUUUUUCAUGAACGUGGACAGCCUGGUUUGGCCACUCACUCCUCUGUUAACAGGGUCUUGGCAGGAGCUGUGAUUGGAGACGGACAGUCUGCUGUGGCCAGCAAUAUUGCCAAUACCACUUACCGGCUUCAGUGGUGGGAUUUCACCAAAUUUGACUUACCUGAAAUAAGCAAUGCCUCUGUGAAUGUGCUAGUGCAGAACUGCAAGAUAUACAACGAUGCCAGCUGUGAUAUCUCUGCAGAUGGGCAGCUCCUGGCAGCAUUCAUUCCUAGCAGUCAGCGAGGUUUCCCUGAUGAAGGAAUACUGGCAGUGUAUUCUCUUGCACCACACAAUUUGGGGGAGAUGCUGUACACAAAACGAUUUGGCCCCAAUGCCAUUUCUGUGAGCCUGUCCCCAAUGGGCAGGUAUGUCAUGGUAGGAUUGGCUUCCCGCCGUAUCUUGCUUCACCCUUCCACAGAACACAUGGUGGCUCAGGUCUUCAGGCUUCAACAGCCGCAUGGAGGAGAGACUUCAAUGAGGAGAGUGUUCAACGUCCUGUACCCAAUGCCAGCUGAUCAAAGGAGGCACGUCAGCAUAAAUUCUGCUCGCUGGCUGCCUGAACCAGGCUUGGGUUUGGCAUAUGGCACUAAUAAGGGGGACCUAGUGAUUUGCCGACCAGAGGCCUUAAACUCUGGAGUUGAGUAUUACUGGGACCAGCUGAACGAGACCGUCUUCACUGUGCAUUCCAACAGUAGGAGCACUGAGCGACCUGGAACUAGUCGAGUCACAUGGAGGACAGACAGGGACAUGGGCCUAAUGAAUGCCAUAGGCCUGCAGCCACGUAACCCAACCACCUCUGUUACAUCACAGGGCACCCAGACUCUGGCUCCUCAGCUACAAAAUGCAGAGACACAAACUGAGAGGGAAGUUCAGGAACCAGGAGGUGCUGCCUCAGGGACUUCAGAAGGUGGUCCAGAAUAUGGGGCUACUGGAGAGGAUUCCCUGACCAGGAUCCAGAGGUUGAUGGCUGAAGGUGGUAUGACUGCUGUGGUCCAGCGGGAGCAGAGCACUACCAUGGCAUCCAUGGGUGGUUUUGGCAACAACAUAAUUGUGAGUCAUCGCAUCCACCGCAGUUCUCAGACUGGUACUGAAUCAACUGGAGCAGAUGGUGGCGCAACUCAGCCAUCCACUUCACAGGAACUGGUAGCUGAGCUAGAGGGACGGACCCUUUCAGAGUCCAUGCAGGUAACAGAACGUGGCUUGAGCCCACAGAAUUCCUCUGAUGAUAUCAUUGAGGAAGAAGAAGUGAAUGGGCAGAGCUUGUCGGAGCAGGCUCAGUCCUCAAUGGACACUGAGGGACCAAUUGAGUACAGUGACCUAACUAAUAACAACCACCUUCCUGACAAUACCAACUUCUAUAGUAAUGAUAGCACCAGUGGAGAAUCUCGGAACAGGUAGAGAUGAAUUAUAUGUUGGUGCUACCCUUGUACUGCUAAGCAGAGACUUGUACCUCACAGCUGACCAGAAACUGAAGGAGUAGGGGGAUUUUGACUCCGACCAGAUGCUGGUAAUUCAGAGGGCAUUGUUUUACAGGGGUGGAAAAUGAGAGGAAGACCAUCAGUUGUAUAGGAAGACUCUUGAAGAGGUUUUAUUCUGUGUCUUAGCUUCCUGCAUCCGUUUUGCUGCACAUUUUCUACAAUAGCUGUAAUAAACCUUGAUAUUCAGCUGAGCCUUAUGUAAAUUUCUCAGCUCACUGGCUACUGGAAUCCAUUAAGCUUUGCCCUAACCCUGCAGUGCUUUUAAUGUUACUCUUUGUUUUGUUUUUGUUUGUUUUAUUUUUUAAAUAAUGUUUUUCCUAUUUUGACCUAGCAGAUGAUCUGAUAAAGGGGGCUAUAGUCUCCUCCUUUGGAGGCCUACGACUUUAUUCAAUGUGUACAUUUCUUUAAGUGCUACUGUGGAGGGGCUUUGCACCCCAGCUCUGCUACCAGAGUGGAUUUAUCUUCCAGCCUGGAUUCCAAUCCCAUGCUGCCUGUGAGUAAGAGCUAGGUGACUCUUCAGAUGUGCAGUGUUUGGGUGGCUCGAAAGACUGCAGGCUGGAUAAGGCAAAGUAGUCUUCUCUAGGACCCUGUUCCACUCUUUUCUAACCCAGAAUGGGAGGUAGGAGAGCUGUGCUUGGGCUUCACCAUCCCUUCAUGCUCAGGAACCUCUCAGGAGUGUGAGCCUUUUGUUUAAGAGUCUCUACUUUGUAUGCAAGCAGGACCUUUUAAGGGCUGCUGUGGGUGGGGCAACAUGUAAUUGCAAAGCAUGUGGGUAGGGUGGGUACUGUUCCCCAAUAAAGAUGGCACUUAUUGAGAAAUUGCCCAGGGCUUUAGCACCUCUUGCUGUGCCAAUAGUAACAUAUGAAUUCAACCUGGUGAAGUUUGGCAGGAUCAUGGUGCCACAGUCAGGCUGCACUUCCCUAUUUGGGGUGGGGGUUGGGGAGGGGGAGUAGCUCCGCGUCAGAGCGUGAGGUAUGUGUCCGUGAUGUAAGGUGUUGCAUGUGAAACUUUGACCUCGUACAUGUAGUUUUUAGUGAAGAAAUCAAGGCUCUGACAUUUUUGUUUCUAGUCUAAAAUGUGAUUUUCCUUUUUGUUUGUAACUCUCCAUCCCAGUGAGCUUGUAGCAAGAAGGUAGGGGGAGAGUGUGUGCUAAUGAGGGAAACACCAAAGAUCAACGUCAUUAAAAUAUGACAAACCCUUA